AUGUCAGACAACCAACGACCUAGAGGCCUCCUGUUCGACAUCGGAGGAGUGUGUGUCCUCUCCCCCUUCCAGGCCAUUCUGGACUACGAACUUGCCCACAACAUCCCCCCAGGAUGGGUGAACUUCAGCAUCUCGCGUACUGCGCCCAACGGCAGCUGGCACCGACUCGAACGAGGGGAUAUCAAGAUGGAUGCCGACUUCUUCGCCGGGUUCCAGAAUGACCUACAGAGCCCGAGUCUCUGGAAGCAAUUCCAGGAGAAGAUCCGGGGCGAAAAUCCGACCGGGACGCAGUCGCCCAGCCCUCCGGUGCCUAAGCUCGAUGCCGAGUUUCUGUUCUGGGAGAUGAUGAGGGUAUCGCGAACGCCGGACCCUCACAUGUUUCCGGCCUUGAAGAAACUGAAGGAGUCAGGGCAAUUCAUCUUGGGGGCGCUGUCGAAUACCGUCAUCUUCCCGGACGGACAUCCGUACAAUCGUGAUCUCGACGAGAGGAAAAGCCAGUUUGACUUUUUCAUAUCAUCGGCACAUACAGGCCUUCGGAAGCCGGACCAGAAGAUCUAUGAAGCUGCACUGCGGGAUAUGAAUCGAAUCGCCAAGGAGAAAGGUCAAGGCGAGGUGCACGCAGUGGAUGUGGUCUUCCUCGAUGACAUCGGGGAGAACUUGAAGGGCGCAAAGAAGGCAGGGAUGAGGACUUUGAAGGUGAAUCUUGGACGAACGCAAGAUGCUGUUCGAGAGCUGGAGAAGAUGACUGGUCUCCAGUUACAAGCAGCCAACCCUUUCCACAAGCAGGUCAAGAACAGCGCUUACUACAGCCGCUACCAGACUAAGUACCGUCGUCGCCGUGAGGGUAAGACCGACUACUAUGCCCGUAAGCGCUUGAUCACCCAGGCCAAGAACAAGUACAAUGCCCCCAAGUACCGCCUGGUCGUCCGCUUCACCAACCGUGACGUCAUCUGCCAGAUCGUCUACUCUGAGAUCUCCGGUGACAAGGUUUUCGCCGCUGCCUACUCCCACGAGCUCAAGCGCUAUGGCAUCACCAACGGUCUGACCAACUGGGCUGCCGCCUACGCCACCGGUCUCCUUGUCGGUCGCCGUGCCCUCAAGAAGCUCAACCUCGACGAGACCUUCACUGGUGUUGAGGAGGCUGAUGGAGAGUACACUCUCACCGAGGCCGCUGAGACCGAUGAUGGCGAGCGCCGCCCCUUCAAGGUCGUCCUCGACGUCGGUCUUGCCCGCACCUCCACUGGUGCCCGUGUCUUCGGUGCCAUGAAGGGCUGCUCUGACGCUGGUGUCCUCGUCCCCCACUCCGAGUCCCGCUUCCCCGGUUUCGACAUCGAGGCUGAGGAGCUCGACGCUGAGACUCUCCGCAACUACAUCUUCGGCGGUCACGUCGCUGAGUACAUGGAGGGUCUCGCCGAUGACGACGAGGAGCGCUUCCGUGGCCAGUUCCACAAGUACACCGAGGCUGGCAUCGAGGCCGGUGACAUCGAGGACCUCUACACCGAGGCCCACAAGGCCAUCCGCGAGGACCCCUUCAAGAAGGACGAGGAUGCCGACUCCAAGAAGACCAAGGAGGAGUGGAAGGCCGAGAGCAAGAAGUUCCGCAAGGUCCGCCUCACCCACGACGAGCGCAAGGCUCGCGUCGAGCAGAAGAUCCGCGAGCUUGCCGCUUAA